CUUCCUUUCUCAUCUCCCCAGAUCAUGUUCGCGACUCAUUGCCAUUGAAAAUACAGCAUGGCGAAUGCAAGGAGAACUGAGCCGUUUCGGAUAGCAUGGUCAACUCACUCAAGAAUAAACUGCAACUCAAGCGAUUGAGGACUGCUGGACUCCGGGCAGCCAAAGAGAAGAACAUACGCCCGCUGCUUGCACCAAACAAUGCAGCGAACAAUUCCAUCAGCGCUUCGAUUCUGGGUGCCGGACAAACUGUGACUCCCGCUGAGAUCAAGAACAAAUUGCAAGUGGCGAAUGUCGACUCGACCAGAAAGCAGCCGAUUCUCACUGGGACAGGCAGCAGAGCAUUGCCUGUGGUGCCGAUUAGUCAAUUACGGCAGAGUAUCUCAGCAAUACGUUCACGCAACCGAGCCGCGGCAAGACCAUCCUUGCCCCAAGUUCCUCAUAUCACGAUCGCCUCUCCGCAAGGUCCUAUCGUGAAGCCGAAGAUACCGCUUCAGCCCGGUCAUGCUAUCGACAAAGAACGGCGCGCCGAGCACCUACUCGAACGUCGUCAGCGUCGUGCACUUGCGCGACUCAAAGACUACUUCCCUGACAACUAUGGGAACGGUGUGCAAUUGCAACACAUUCUAGGGUUAGAGGCUUCUUCGACGACUCAGGUGAAGAAGCAUGUCACACUCGUGUCGUUGGACUUGGAGUGGGAACGACGAGGGUCCAUUGAUAGGAUCACGGAAAUCGGGCUUGCGUGGAUGAAGGUUGCAGACAUCAAUGAUGUGGAUCCGGGGGUGUGGGCGAGAGGUUGGGGAGAAAAGAUGGGCCAUGUCCAUAUUGUCACCUCCGCCGCUUCUUACUACAACCCACGCAACUCGACUUUGCUCUUCGGCGAGUCACGCUACAUGCACGUUUCCCAUGCCAAGGGUUUCCUGAUCAAGACUCUCGAAUCUUUCAUGCCUCCGGCCACAGGGUAUCCGAAGUCUCGGGUUGUCCUCGUCGGACAGUCCAUCGAUUCCGACAUCAAACAAUUGAAGGAAGACCCUUGUUUUAAUCUGGAUUUGGACUCUGUGAUCGGGAAAGGCUAUCAGAUCUUCGACACAUAUUAUUUGGCGAGGCACACCAAGGUGCAAGGGAUGAAAUACGAAUCUCUCAAGCUAGCCGGAAUUGCUUACAGGUUGGGCAUCGAGAAGAAGUAUCGAUUAACAAAAGAUGACGGGUCGGUCGAUGGUAUUGGCGCUAAAUUGGUGGGAGCUCACAAUGCUGGGAAUGAUGCUGCGUAUGCUUUGAUGGCCCUCUUGCUUUUUGGGUUAAGGUGGCAGGAUGUGGUGAAGCGAGAAGCGGGAGGGAAAGUUGAGAUUGCCGAUCUGGUGUGGAGAGAAACGGGAAGGGGAGUCAGCGGCAGAUGGGCAAUUGACGAGGACGUGGUGAAAGGUGUGGUGGAGAAGUAUGAGCGAGAGAAGGCAGACGGCACAGCACAAUUGCUUGGAAAUGCAGAAGCUGAACAGGGCAAAAGAAGGCUGCAGCUGCAACUCAAGAUGGGGCUGAAACCAGCAGCUUGGCAACCAAUAUGGAAAAGUCGAGAUGAGCAAUCGUGGAGCAGAUGGCUGUGGAUGAUGUAUAGGAGGUUGCGAGCGGUCUGCAAGAACUUGUUGAAUGGCCAGCUGCAGAAGGAAAAGACAAAGGGGCGGGGAUCGCCAGCGGCGAGACGAGGGAUGGUCAAGCAGAGACGAGCUGCCAAAACCUCUAACGGAGCUGUUUCUUGA